AUGGCCAGGAAAAAUCAGGAAGCUGUGACAGACUACAUAAAUGAGGUGAUUAAAACCAACCGAACGCCUCUUAUUUGUCGUGUCGCGCCCAGAGUGGCGCCACGCAAACGUAAAAAGACUUCUAUCGAAGAAGCCAUACACCGGAACAAGGCGCAUCCACCCCCGAAAACGUUUUCUAACAAAUUCUUACAUCGGGUAAACUCCACGAGGGAUCCAAAGGAAUUGGUGGCAAAUGGGACCUUAAAAAAUGAAGAGAUAGUGAGGAGUAACUGCCUAGUGCACAUUGAGCAGAAUCCCGUGACGCACAAGUUUGUUGGAAUUAAGACUCCACCGUCCUCCGCUUGCCCAAAGGUUACUCUGACUACCCCAUUGACGCCACAACCACAGCCUAGGGGUGGAACGAAGGGGGUAGGAGCAUCUGUUAACGUUGUUAUUCGUCAGGGCACUCCAUCAAGAUCCGAUAAAAUGAGUAGGAUGGCAAACACUGCUAGCUCACCCACGGAUCUUCGAACCGGCAAGUUUGUUGGCAAAUCCACUCAGUCACCAACCGAUUGGCCGACAUCGAUGGAUGUAAGUAGCAUCCAGAAUCCCCCUGUUCCAGUGGUCACUAAAUCCCCCACCUACUUAACCCCCAGCUCGAAGCGGUAUGUAGAACACCCCGGUUUAGCCGCGAGACCCUUGAGUCUCAGGAGGUAUGUUGUCUAUUAUGGUGGAGGUGAUAGGCGAACCUACGCGGCGGUCUCACAUGAACCACCACCAGCCUUGCGCAAUUUUGCAACCAGUGUUGUUCUCUUCUCCGACGUCAUCAGCAGUGAUUGGUUAACAGAGCGAAUUGUACCUGUAUGGGAAGAUGCCUGUCCUGUGCCUUUAACGCAAACAAACAACAGCGUUAUACGUCUACUCUUUGCUGAUGUUUUUCCUAUCUCUGUCUACGCCCUUGUCAUCGUAGGAGAAAACGGAGCACUUCAGUGCUUCGAUACAGUACCGAUGUGGGAAGGCAGUCUAGGUGUCAUCCCUACCUUUGAGACAGACUUGAGGUUACUUUUAGUGGAAUAUCAGGUCGCUGAAAGAGCCCUUAAUCUGGCUACCAGAAUCCCAUUCUUUAGUCCUCUUCAGUCCUGGAAGAAGCAUCGCCUUUUUAUCCGGAACAUAAACAUCCCACCGAAAUAUAUGCUUCUUCCCACCCUACCCAAACAAAGUAUUAUCUGGAAGACCUCUUCACCCGCGAAGCUCGUUCAGAAGGAGCAAAUCAUAUUAUCAGCAAGCCGUUGCCUUCUCGACACUGGCUACUCAAAGUGCUUCGCAACAAAGCAUUUUAACGUUUCUUUGAAGUCAGCCAAAGUAACGCAUAAAAGGGACAGUGGCCUGGAUUUCAUUGAAGAGGGCCUUUCAAUCCGGUUGGAGUACCCCAUUUUCCACGAUGUGAAGGCGAACUUACAUCAUGUGACACGCAGGGUAGCGCUAACUCUUGAAACGUGCAAGGUACACAUGACUAGAAGUGAACAUCUCGAAUGCACAAUAGUUAAAACCGUGGUCCGAAUGGUAGAACCGGAGGUGCUUGAAGCAGAGGCUUUGAAAAUACCCGAGACACAAAAACUGCAUCGAAUGGCACCCACACACCUAACACGAACAUCCAGUCCGGACGGCGACCGUUCCAUGUCUGCCCGGUUUAUACGCUCCGCGAGGCGCCAGGAUACUUUUUGGCAGUGCAUCUUUUUAAAUGCCUGCAUUUGUGCAGGUCUGGCUACUGGCAAAAUCUGUUUUUUCCAAAUCUGUUCAGGCGAUUUGGCCUCCCUUUUCGGCGUGGUCUCAGCCUACCUGACUGUUGUCUCAUUCGUUUCCUUCCACUUUCCAAAGAGGCGUGGAAACUUUUGA